CGAUGUGCGGCUUCGGACAUGCGGAGGCUACUGCAACCGUGUUGCUGGAUCUUGUUCUUCGAAAUCGCCCUCGCCGUGCUCCGUGACGUGGCGUGCUUCCCCGCUUUGACUGAAGGUUAUGACGGCUCACUGCACGAAAGCAGACAUGGCAGUUCAGCGCAAAUACGGCGGCGGAAGGCAUCCGGGGAUCUUUAUUGGGCAUAUUCAGGUGCAUAUGGUCCGGAGCACUGGGUUACUUCAAACGUGGACUGUGGGAGAACUCAUCAGUCUCCAAUAGAUAUCGUAGAUCACCUAGCACGUGUCGGAGAAGAAUACCAAGAAAUAAAGCUAGAUGGUUUCGAUAAUGAAUCUUCUAACAAGACAUGGAUGAAAAAUACUGGGAAAACUGUUGCUAUCCUCCUAAAAGAUGACUAUUUCAUCAGCGGUGCAGGGCUACCGGGCAGAUUCAAAGCAGAGAAAGUGGAGUUUCACUGGGGCCAGAGUAACGGAUCAGCCGGCUCAGAGCACAGCAUCAAUGGGAGGCGAUUCCCAGUUGAGAUGCAGAUGUAUUUCUACAAUCCCGAUGACUUUGACAGCUUUGGGAGCGCUAUCCAAGAGAAAAGAAUCAUCGUGGCCAUGGCUGUGUUCUUUCAAGUCAAUCAGAGGGACAAUCCAGCACUGGAGCCUAUUAUCCAUGGGUUGAAGGGUGUCGUACAUCAUGAGAAAGAGACCUUCUUGGAUCCCUUUGUGUUAAGAGAUCUUCUGCCAGCAUCCUUGGGCAGUUACUAUCGGUAUGCAGGUUCGCUGACUACCCCUCCAUGUAGUGAGAUUGUGGAAUGGAUUAUUUUUCGCAUGCCUGUUCCUAUCUCUUAUCGCCAGCUGGAGGCAUUCUAUUCCAUAUUUACCACGGAACAGCAAGACCAUGUCAAAUCUGUGGAAUAUUUGAGGAACAACUUCCGGCCUCAGCAGAGCUUGAACAAUAGAGUGGUUUCCAAGUCUGCCGUGAAGGACGCUUGGAGCCAAGUGACAACUAGCAUCUUUGAAAAUCCACUUGGGACAGAAGCCUCCAAAGUUUGCAGCACUCCUCCUGUCAAUAUGAAAGUGCAGCCAAUGAACAGAACAGCUUUGCUGGUGACCUGGAACCAACCCGAGACGAUCUAUCACCCUCCUAUCAUGAACUAUAUGAUUUCCUACAGCUGGACUAAAAACGAAGAUGAAAAGGAGAAGACCUUCACCAAGGACAGUGACAAGGACCUGAAAGCCAUCAUUAGCCAUGUCUCACCUGACAUCCUUUAUCUGUUCAGAGUUCAAGCAGUUUGCCGAAAUGACAUGCGCAGUGACUUUAGCCAGACAAUGCUGUUUCAAGCUAACACAACUCGAAUUUUUGAGGGGACCAGAAUAGUCAAAACAGGAGUGAAUAAUGGGCAGAAUGGAGUGUUUGGAAAGAAAAGGAAAUCAAAAGGAAAAAAGAGCCGAGGUAGAAUGUCAGGUACUUCUACUGAUGGUCUCUCUGCUGUGUUUUCUUCUCUUGUUCCCCCUGGUGAUUUCUUCAAGCCUACAGCUUCUCCUGCACCUUCAGCCGACAUGGCUCCCAUCAGUUCUGGAUCUUCUACUUGGACCUCCUCAGGCCUCCCCUUUUCCUUUGUGUCCAUGGCAACAGGAAUGGGGCCUUCCUCCAGUGGGAGCCAAGCAACGGUGGCCUCGGUGGUCACCAGCACUUUGCUUGCAGGCCUGGGGUUCAGUGGGAGUGGUAUUUCUUCCUUCCCUAGUACUGUUUGGCCGACUCGUCUCCCGACGGCUGCUUCUGCCAACAAGCAGUCAGUCAGGCCGGUUGUCGCCACCACCGAGGGUUUAUCUUCCCCAGGACCAGACAACGAUUCCACUCUCACAAAAGACAAUGAGGGAGCGGAGGAUGGAGAAAAGGACGAGAAAAGUGAAAGUGAGGAUGGCGAAAGAGAGCACGAGGAAGAGAGAGAAAAGGAUUCGGAGAAGAAAGAGAAAAGCGCCGCGACAGAGGCGGCCGACGUACAGAAUAACACGGAAACAGCAGGCACCACUGUGGCGCCUAAUAGAACUAUGGAGGAGGGGGGAAAUAAAACCAUACCUGAUCAAGAGCCAAGCCAAAACAUUUUGCCGACAGGUAGGACUCCCAGAGGAGAAGGAGUUACAGAAACAGACGCUCAGUCCAAAACAGUCCCUUCCACCCAAGUGCCACCAGCAUUCACAAAUGAACAAUAUACUGGACUGAUUUCAGGAAGACCAGAGACAGCAUCAAGGACGCCUUUACCAAAUGGAAGAUUUCCAGAGGAAAACUCACCAGAUAACAGAUUUAUUACCAUUGACCCAGAAGGCAAGAAUAUUUCCAGUAUGGCAACCAGACCUGCUCCUGGCAAAAUGGAAUGGAUCAUUCCCCUCAUCGUAGUCUCAGCCUUGACAUUUGUGUGCCUCAUACUUCUUAUUGCCGUGCUAGUUUACUGGAGAGGGUGUAACAAACUAAAGUUCCAGGGCUUACCCCGAUAUUUCCGUGAAGUGUCUUCUUCUCACGACAGAGGAAAGAAGGGGAACAGAAAAUGUUUUCAGACAGCUCAUUUCUAUGUGGAGGACAGCAGUUCACCCCGAGUGGUGCCAAACGAAAACAUUCCCAUUAUUCCCAUCCCAGAUGACAUGGAAGCCAUUCCUGUCAAACAGUUCGUUAAGCAUAUCAGUGAGCUGUAUGCCAACAACCAGCAUGGAUUCUCAGAAGACUUUGAGGAAGUGCAGCGUUGUACGGCCGACAUGAACAUCACUGCUGAACAUUCCAAUCACCCCGACAACAAGCACAAAAACAGAUACAUAAACAUUUUAGCAUAUGAUCACAGUAGAGUGAAGUUAAGACCUUUACCGGGAAAAGACUCCAAGCACAGUGACUACAUUAAUGCUAAUUACGUUGAUGGUUACAACAAAGCAAAAGCCUACAUUGCCACCCAGGGACCUUUAAAGUCGACAUUCGAAGAUUUCUGGAGAAUGAUUUGGGAGCAAAACACUGGAAUUAUCAUCAUGAUUACAAACCUGGUGGAAAAAGGAAGAAGAAAAUGUGACCAGUACUGGCCCACGGAAAACAGUGAAGAGUAUGGUCAUAUUAUAGUAACACUGAAAAGCACAAAAGUACAUGCUUGCUACACAGUCCGCCGCUUCACAGUCAGGAAUGCAAAAAUGAAAAAGGGGAACCCUAAAGGGCGCCAGAAUGAGAGAACGGUUAUUCAAUACCAUUACACACAGUGGCCCGACAUGGGAGUGCCUGAAUAUGCCCUGCCAGUGCUAACGUUUGUGCGAAGAUCCUCUGCAGCUAGGACUCCUGAGAUGGGCCCAGUGGUCGUGCAUUGCAGUGCUGGCGUUGGUAGGACUGGAACCUACAUUGUUAUCGAUAGUAUGCUACAACAGAUAAAAGACAAAAGCACAGUUAAUGUCCUAGGUUUCCUGAAACACAUCAGGACACAGCGCAACUACCUCGUCCAGACAGAGGAACAGUAUGUUUUUAUUCAUGAUGCCUUGUUGGAAGCCAUUCUUGGGAAAGAGACUGAAGUUUCUGCCAACCAGCUACAUAGUUAUGUUAAUAGCAUUCUCAUACCUGGAGCUGGAGGCAAGACUCGGCUAGAGAAACAGUUCAAGCUGGUUAUGCAGUGCAAUGCAAAAUAUGUGGAGUGUUUCAGUGCUCAGAAGGACUGCAACAAAGAGAAGAACAGGAAUUCAUCAGUAGUGCCAUCUGAACGAGCAAGGGUGGGACUGGCGCCGUUACCUGGAAUGAAGGGAACUGAUUACAUUAAUGCAUCUUACAUCAUGGGUUACUACAGGAGCAAUGAGUUCAUCAUAACACAGCAUCCCCUGCCACACACAACUAAAGAUUUCUGGAGAAUGAUUUGGGAUCACAAUGCACAGAUCAUUGUCAUGCUUCCAGACAACCAGAGCUUGGCAGAGGAUGAGUUUGUGUACUGGCCAAGUCGAGAAGAAUCCAUGAACUGUGAGGCCUUUACUGUGACCCUUAUCAGCAAAGACAGGCUGUGCCUCUCUAAUGAGGAGCAGAUCAUCAUCCAUGACUUUAUCCUUGAGGCUACCCAGGAUGACUAUGUUUUGGAAGUACGCCAUUUUCAGUGUCCCAAAUGGCCAAACCCAGAUGCCCCAAUCAGCAGUACCUUUGAACUAAUCAAUGUAAUCAAGGAAGAGGCCUUAACAAGAGAUGGCCCCACCAUUGUUCAUGAUGAGUAUGGAGCAGUGGCGGCUGGAACAUUAUGUGCCCUUACCACCCUGUCCCAGCAGCUGGAGAAUGAAAAUGCUGUUGAUGUUUUCCAGGUGGCAAAGAUGAUCAAUCUGAUGAGGCCUGGAGUAUUUACAGAUAUUGACCAGUACCAGUUUCUUUACAAAGCAAUGCUAAGCCUGGUCAGCACUAAGGAGAAUGGAAAUGGCCCCAUGGCACUGGACAAAAAUGGUGCUGUUAUGGCCAAUGAUGAAUCAGAUCCUGCAGAAAGCAUGGAGUCUCUUGUCUAAUUGGAAUAUUUGAAAGGCACUUAAUUUGUGGAAUUUCUGAAGACUGAGUGAACUUUUUGAGGCCUUUUUUGCCAGACUCUAGGUUAUUCAAUAACCCAAUUACUUUUUUACACUGAUAAAAGUUUUGAUAUUUAUUUUUGCCAUUUUAUGUCUUAAUGGUAUCCUACUGAGCAUUUGCACCUCUGUUUAUUUCACACGGUGAAAACGCAAUUUUAUCUAGUUUGCACUAUAUGAUCAGUGUUAACUGCCUAUAAAGUUGUAAUACACAAGCAAGCAAGCAAACCCUGAUGUGACAUUCCAUGAUGACAAACAUGCUACUUUUUAGUUGAAAUGCCGUGAAGUUUUGUUGAUUACCAUGAGCCUUGACUCUAAAGUCUUGAAUGCUAGACCAGAAGGAUUCUUUUUGAUUUACAAGAAAUGCUGUACCCUUGACAUACUCCAAUAUUUAUUGUUUAAUUCUCAUAUAACUUUGGUAAUUGUUAUAGGUCUUUUGUAUUCCAGUAACAUGGAUGAGUGUUGUUCAUUUCCUUUCAGACGACGUGGUGAGGUGAUCACUGGCAAUGCUGAAGUGCAGUAGCUUCCAGAUA